AUGUCAGGACACAGCAGCAACAGUGUUAUUCAGGCACAAAAACUGGUGGAUCAACUUCGAGUGGAGGCGUGCAUGGAGAGAAUAAAGAUCUCCCUGACAGCAGGAGACUUGGUGCGGUUCUGUCAGGAUCACCGGCGCAGCGACCCUCUGCUCACCGGCAUCGCUGCCUCCUCCAAUCCUUUCAAAGAUAAGAAGACCUGCGUGCUUCUUUGA